AUGAGUCGACAACGAGACAACGCCCGUUCGUCUCCACGAGAGACGAAGAAGUCGGCCUUUAGGCGGGGAGUUAGAAGCUUGAAGAUGGCCAAGCACAGCCGGGGCGCCCGCGUCCACAUACGUGCACCUAUUGCCAGAAAACAUUUAUCAGGGCGGAGCAUCUCAUACGACACGUUGCGUCACAUGAGAACCGAAAGCCUUUCAAAUGUCUGCCCUGCGGCGCUAGUUUUGGCAGGACAGAUGUUCUACGUCGACAUCAAAAGAAAACAUGAUCCUCGAAAGUCACUAGACAAUAUUUUGAUAGAUCUCAAUGAUGUGGAGAAUUCGGGUGUGACCACUGGUCUCAUUGACAGCCAAACAGACGAGAUCAGUACUGCGAACCUGGGUGUUCCUCAGUGCGGUGGAUUCAGUGAUGAUUCUAUCGUUGUUCGCCAAUCAGGAGAUGAAGAUACAGCCGAGUCUGAGUUGAGCUCGCCCCAAUCGAAUGUAGAUCAGAGUGCUACAAUAGGCAAGGCCGAUCUUGCUCUGGAUACCACUAUCGCCGCUCAGCAAGUUGACGAAACAGGUCGACUCAGCCAAGAAGCCUCUCUAGAGAACACUGAAUCCACCACAUCUGAGAACAAUCCUGGCUCGGGGGCACAGCAUGUCAAUCUCUCCGACUUUCUGGUGCUCGGAGACUCAUUCAUAUCUGAGAUCCACCCAGACGAUUUCGAUUUGAGGGGCGUCACAGACUUGAUGUUUGACUUCAAUACCAACACCAUCAUCUCACCCCCUUCUGCAGAGACAUGCAUCCUCUUAGAUCCAAGUCGACGUGUAAGACCAGUCUCGCUAUUCUUCGACGCUCCCGAAAGCCUACCUCAGUACCAAUCUUCCUAUGACACACCUCAUCUGUUCAGUUGCUCGGAUGACGAUGCCAUUGCAGUCAACAACGCUUUCUCCAAGGCAAAGGGCACUACAAUUAGCACUUCAGACUCAAUCUGUCUCAGUCGCAAUCAGAUUUCACGUUGGAUCAACGCGUACUUCGAACACUUUGACAUACAUACGCCCAUAGUGCAUCGGCCGACUUUCAUCCUUUCAACUACUCCAGCAUCUUUGCUUUUGGGCAUGCUGGCCAUCGGUGGCUGCAUUUUAUCAGAGCAUGGUCCUGCUUCUAAGGCCUAUGAGGCUUCCUGCCAUCUCCUAGCUCAGUACGAGCAAGACCUCUUGCAAAGCUCUAUCUCAGAUUUGUGGCCAAUACAGACUGCCCUAUUGUGCAUUCAGUUUGGGGCCUUUUCAGCCAACCCCUGGUAUGCGCGACAAGCGCAACGACAGUUCUCGCUUGUAACAGAUUUACUGCGCGCAGUAGAAGUUCAAGUUCGCGGAGUCCAGUCAGCUCAAGACCCUGAUUAG